AUGUGGAAGUGUCUAGUGCUUGUAUUUUGUAUUUAUGUAAAUCUGGUGUACGCAGAUGAUGUUUGGCGUCACGUGAAUAUUACUCAGGGACAAGUGCGCGGCCGCAUGGUGCCUGAAGGUGGUGUUUAUGCGUUUUAUAACAUUCCUUAUGCGACUGCUCCGACAGGGUCUAAUAGAUACAAGGCUCCCCUGCCUCCACCAGUAUGGUUGACACCGCUUAUAGCUGAAGAUCGCAAAAUAAUCUGUCCACAAUCUUGGCCAGGAUCAAUGAAUAUUCAAGAAGACUGCCUGGUCGCCAAUGUGUAUGUUCCUGACACUGAAGAGACUAAUCUGCCAGUCUUAGUAAACAUCCAUGGCGGAGGUUAUCAAACAGGAUUCGGAACACUUUCAGAAUUUAAUGCUUUAGUAAAAACCAAGAAGUUAAUAGUGGUUACAUUUAACUACAGAUUAGGUGUUCAUGGUUUCCUUUGUCUUGGCACUGAAUUUGCCCCUGGUAAUGCGGGACUGAAGGAUAUGGUAGCACUCCUACGUUGGGUAAACACCAAUAUUGCCAGUUUCGGCGGUAACCCUGAUGAUGUGACUCUAGCCGCAUGCAGUGCCGGAUCUGGUGCAGUAGACUUCCUUACUCUUUCUAGUAUUACAAAAGGCUUGUUCAAGAAAGCUAUAAUGGAAAGUGGUGUCAGUAUUGGCGGUGUCGGAGCACAAAUCAAUCCAAUCCAAAAUGCGAAAAACUUUGCACAAGUACUGAAUUUCAACAAUGUUGAUGAUUUUAAUAGUUUGGAAGAAUUUUAUAAAAGUGUUUCAUUUGAGCAAUUGGUCUCUCGACUUGAUGCUAUAGUAAAUAAUGAAGGAGUUACUGUCCGAUUUGGUCCAUGUGUAGAAAAAGAUAUUGGACAAGAAAGAGUCGUAUCAGAUGUUCCUAUGGAUAUAAUGAAAACAGGGAACUACGCUAAGAUACCCCUGAUGUUCGGAUUCACCGACAUGGAUGGUGCUUUAAGACUUCCUGUGUUUGAUGCUUGGAAAGAUCGAAUGAAUGAGAAAUUUUCCGAUUUUUUACCAACAGAACUACAUUUCGAUAGUGAAGAUAUUAAAGAACAAGUUGCUGAGAAGGUAAAAAACUUUUAUUUCGGUGAUGAUUCUGUAGGUGAUCACAGUAUUGUGUCCUUUAUAAAUUAUAAUACUGAUGUAUUAUUUGCAUACCCAAUGUUGAAAGCUCUGUCCACGCGUAUAGAAGCUCUUGAUGACACAAUUUAUCUUUUUGAAUAUUCGUUUGUGGACGAAGACACUCCCAGUUUCCCGCAUACAGAAGUACUUGGUGCUGAUCAUUGCUUCCAGUAUAUAGCAGUUAUGGAUGAAGAUGUAACUAAUAGAACGGAAGAGUAUAAGCAGAUUAAACAAAUUGUUAGAGACAAUUGGGUUAAUUUCGUUUUGACUGGUGCACCAUUGUCUAGAGAUCUUGUCUCGCAAUGGCCACCUGCGAGUAUACAAAGAUCCCCUUACAUGUCAUUGGGUCGAGACAUAGUGCUGAGGGACAGUAGUCCUAUUGCAGAGAGAGCAGCUUUUUGGGAUGAAAUCUUUGAAGAGCAUUAUCAAGGACCCAUUGUAGACACGGAUGCUACUCCUACUCCUGACAACAGCGCCACGUCAUUGAUGAUCUCAAAUGUUACGAUGCUUGUAGCAACUUAUUUGUUUCUCCUUUUAAAUAGACACUAA